UUUAAAGUCUCGUGACCUAUUUUAAACAUGAUCAAUAAACGUCACAAUUAAUUGAAACGUACCCAGGAACAAAAAAUCAAUUGGAAACGGACUUAGGAACAUAAUAAGACAAAGGAUAAGCAUAAUUGAUAUGAUUCACCUGCAAUACACACCAGUCCUUGUUAACCUAGUUAAUAGAUCAUCGUGAACUUGCCCAGUCAUCAAUCUGACAAAAUGUAUGAUGAUAAACGUUAGAUGAAUAGAUUGUUUGAUAAAACAUGCAUAACUACAGUAGCUAUAGUUGAUACACACAUUUAGACGCGUGAGGAACGUCACUCUAUACGUAUAAUAUAUAAAAGUAAUUCACUCAUAUCAGAUACAGUUGUACUUGAAGCAUUAACAAUCGAGGAAUAUUUGUAAGGAUGAAACAUUCCGAAAACUAUUGAAACAAAGUUUUUAAAGAAUCAACAAGUAAGAAUUAAAAAAUAUGGAUUUCGACUAUACAAAUAUGGAUAUAAAUGUUUUCGAGAGUUCUUCAGUUGACAUGGAUAUGAUGGAUAGUUUGACAUUUGAUAAUCUGAAUAUGGCCAGAUUGAAUCGAACAGAUAUUGAUAGAAUAAACGAAACAAUCACAGGUGUCAUACGACUUUCAGAGAUCCUGAACUCUUCUUGGUUUAUUGGUAACCUUUCAGAUUUAAUGGCACCCCCUAAGAGCCUCAUCAUCGGGGACCGUAUUAAAACUCUCGUCAGUAUUCCCCUUGGGAUCCUCAUCAUCAUUGCAAAUAUGAUCGUCAUAGGCUUCUUUAUCGUAACCAGGAAGGUGCGUUACCCUGGAUACACAUUUACCUUGAAUCUUGCGAUAAGUGAUCUAAUUCUUGGGUUCGUCUGCAUCGCUAAGGGAUUUAUGACCUCGACGAUCUCGAGAGAAUUGUGUUUAUUUAGACUCGGACUGAUCGCAACGACGGUGUGCGCGUCAAUCACAUCAAUGAUGUGGAUAGCGGUGGAUAGAUACAUUGCUGUCAAACAUCCAUUGACAUACUACAAGAAAAUGUCAAGGUUAAAGUUAAUUUUAGCAUUAUGCCAUAUCUGGACGCAGUCGAUUUUAUUAGGAUUUGCACCGUUGAUGGGGUGGAAUCGUGUGGGUAGGUCAUACCUAUACUGUGUUUUGACACAUACAGUUCCCCCUGAAUACCUCGGAGUACUCUUUCUCGUAGGCAUUUUCAUUCCUCUUAUAGUCAUAGGAACUAUCUACUGGAUAAUAUUUUUCGUUGCUAGGCGACAUAUACGUAUCCUUGACAACCAGGAUAAUGAUGUCAGGCGGAUGAGCCAGGACCUUGGUUACAUCGACGGUGAUAACUUCUCUGAUAGUUCAAGCACAACCAGCAGUAGCGAACAAGAGGCCGAGGCCCCUCCUCCCCGAUCAGCUGCCUCGGCAAACUUUAACCGCCGUUUAAGUUUUGUCCCCGUGUCGACACGGACGUUCAGAGCAUUUAAAACACUUACUUUAGUCAUUGGAUGUUUUUUACUUACAUGGGGUCCAUUCGCGAUCAGUUGUAUAGUUGUUAUGGUAUGUGGACGUAAUUGCAAACGACUUGGGUCUAUUAUCAGUCAUUACCUCAUACUACUUGGAAUGUUCAAUAGUUUUCUUAACCCCCUCGUAUAUGCUCUCGGGAAUAAGGAGUUCAGACGCACUGUUAGAAAAACACUCUUUGUUAAAUGUUGCAAUCAAAGAGGACAGGAAUUACGAAGAUCGAACAAUAGUGUUUACACCGUUGAUUCGACUGACACAAGUUCAGGAGCCUAAGCCUUAUUUAUAUGUCCUCGUGGUACCCCUUUAAACAGACCGGUGUUAAAUAUAACAUUGUCCCCCAGGUAAAAGUGUCCGAGUUUGCAUUAUUACCUAUCUAGCCCCAACUGUGAAUAAGGUCACCGUAUUAACGUAUGCUAACCAAGGACAAUAUAUACUAGGCGAUGUCUACUCUUAGACAGGUGUAAAAGAGGAAAUUGUCCCCAAGAAAUAUUGCCCUCGUUUUUAUCGCAUGAUCUGUAUAAUGAAGCAUUCUGAUCAGUUCUAGUGCUGUACCAAUCUGUAUUGCUACUGAGAUUGUCCCUAUUGAUCAUCUCCGUCGCAAUACAGAAAAUAUUGGUACGGAGGGGACAUUCUCAGUAGCAAUACAGAGGAUCACACGAUAAAAACGUUAUGAUUUGAAGUGCAAUGCAGGAUAUAUUCUACUCUCGAUAUUCUGUAUUGGAACUCGACUUCGUCUCGUUCCAAUACGGAAUUUCUUGAGCAGAAUAUAUCCUGUAUUGCACUUCAAAUCAUUCAAUAACUUAUAGUAUUGAUAAUACACCAGUGAGGAUGAGGUAGUAAAUAUUGUUUAUAAUUAAGCAUUCAUUAUCCGGGCUCUCAUAUAUCAAUACUGUAACCUUAUUUCACUUGUUGUUUGUCAAAGACAGUUUGGGCCAGGUUGCUAUCAUUAUACAGUGAAACCUGUCUCAGUGAACACCUUUUUCUAGUGAACACUUGUGUCUAGGGAACACCCCUUUUCAGCACAUACUACAAUGACUUCUGUAUAAAGUUGCCUCUGUAGUGAACAUCUACCUACAGUAAACACAUUUUAUGUGGCUCCAUGGGUGUUCAAUGUACACAUGUUUUACUGUACUCACAUACAGAUAUUCACAACCAACCUGAAAGCAUGA